AUGUCGGGCCCCCAAACGCAGGCAGCGGGUGCGCCCAAGCGAGUGUUGGCAACGGAGGAGAUCCAGCAGAUGCUGGAGGACAAUGCCAAGCUGAUAGCGGCUAUAGUGGAGAACCAGAACCUGGGGAAGCUGGACCAGUGCAUCGAGUAUCAGAAACGGCUGCAGGACAACCUGAUGAGCCUGGCAGCGCUGGCAGACUCGCAGGCCACGCCGCCACAGCAGCAGCAGGCAGCUCCUGGGCAGCAGCAGGCAGGAGCAGGACCGGCGGCGGCAGCAGGCGGGCAACCCCAAUAA